AUGGGGAGAAAAAAGAUCCAGAUAGCACGGAUUAUGGAUGAACGCAACAGACAGGUAAAUGAACAGACACACACACACACACACACACACACACACUCUUAAGCUUGUGCUUAAUCGUGUGUGAGCUUACUCAGAAAGGGUCACACACAUAACCCCCCCAACCCUCCCACACCCGCAGACAACUAGGUGGGCAGGAAGCAGAGACAGAUGCAUUGUGUGUGUGUGUGUGUGUGUGUGUGCGUGCGUGCAUGUUUGUCUGUAUGUAUGUGUGUGUAGUGGGGGAGUGGUUUCUCUCUUCCUGUUAUGACAGGAAAUGCACUAACAUGUGCUUCCUGACCCCUAGAGCUAGAAUGACCUCACUGUUCAGCGUGUGUGUGUGUGUUUGCAUGUGAUUACCAGUCAUACCAGCUUCAGAUUUCUUCCCCAGUGUCCUGACAGUGACAUUGGAUCUUCCACAUACUCUGUUGUGAACACGUAGGCCUUCAGUGUACAUGUAAUACAGUUCACCUAUAUAAUGUUCAAUGCACAUGCGGCCGGCCCGCGCGCCCGCCACCGGCGAUUAGCCCGCCCGCGCCGAGCACCGCGCCGCGCCCCCCGCGCCCAGUAUAGGAGCGCCCCGCGACCACCUCCCCCCGCACACGGCCGAGCGAGAGGCCCGCUUCCCGAACGCGAGCGAUCGAGCGAGGCGCACACCCGCCUACGGGGCAGGAGAGCGCGCCCCCUCCCUUUAUAUUAGCGAUCUCUCAGCUCCCCCACGCCCUAGCCACUUUAUAUCCUAUCUCGACCCCCUCUCCCACUACUCCUUUCUAUCGAUCUCUCCCUCUCUCCCCCCUCCCACUCCCUCGUCUAUCUUUCUCUCCCUCUCUCCCCCCUCUCUCCCUCCCUCCCUUUCUAUCUAUCUUUCCCGUCUCCCUCGCUUUCUCCAUCUCCAGGUGACGUUCACCAAGCGGAAGUUUGGCCUGAUGAAGAAGGCGUAUGAGCUGAGCGUGCUGUGUGACUGUGAGAUCGCCCUCAUCAUCUUCAACAGCACCAACAAGCUGUUCCAGUACGCCAGCACUGACAUGGACAAGGUCCUGCUCAAAUACACAGAGUACAAUGAACCACAUGAGAGCAGGACUAACUCUGACAUCGUGGAGGUGAGUCCCACACACAGCUUAUUGCAGACUAAUUCACGAACAUGGUUUCCCAUGUCUAAUAGCAGAUAAAAGGACUGAUUAUAAGUAAAUGUUGAGUUUGUUGAAUCAACAGUGGAAUUCAGCUAGUCUGCUGGUAUUUUGUGACAUAGAGUACUCUUUUCAACUGUGUGUGGGUGUGUGUGUGUGUCUGUGUGUGUGUGUGUUGGGCUCAUGGCCCACGGCUCAGGGAGGCUAACGUGUGCAGGGCUGAGUCUGAGUCGGCCAGCCUGGAGUUACUUAAUGGUGUUAGAGAACAAGGUGUCCCCUCACACACACACACACAUGUCCAACAUCCCCAUUCAACCCUCUUCAGGGCCACCCAGCGGACCAUGGUCCAUGUGACAGAGGUUAGGGGUCAGGGUUUAGGGAUCAGAGUUCACAGGACAGGUGGGUUGGAUUCCGGCUUUGGAACGUUGACAGGAAUCUGUACCAGCUUGGAGGAGAGUUGUUGUGGUCUUAUAUAGGAUACUGUUAAAGAGAAGGGAGAAGGAGAGAGAGAAGAGAGAGAUCAGUGAAAUAUGUGUGUUCCCACACAGGCCAUGAGCCUCCCAUUGGGAGUAGUAGGAAAACUGGGCUGAAUGGUAGAGUGCAGAGGGGGGUGGGGAUGUUAAUGUGUGGGAAUGGGGACUUCUAGCACUGCAGAAAGCCGGGGGAGAGAGAGAGAGAUAUGCAGCUCAGUUUUGGGACUAUUCCAUUUGUUCCAUUGUAAACCAGGCAAACUAAAUCAACCAAGCUAAAAUAUUCCAUAGUAUUUCACAUUUGAGCCAGAUCUGAUGGUUAUGUGUUUGAUGUGUCAGUGGUGUAUAACGUGGUGUUUUGCCUGAUAGCUGAUGUUGUAACGUGGUGUGAUGUAGGGUCAGGUCUCCCUCUUCACCUGUCCUCCACAAGGCCACCUCAUGGUCAGUCAGCCAGCUCCGACAGGAGCAGCAUAUAAUUUACUGUUAAUCUACUGUAAUCUACCAUAAUCCCAUCACACUCAUUACUGUAAUCUCAAUUUGCUCCUUCUAAUCCCUCUCACUAAACGUCAACUCUCCUCUCCCUUCAUCUCCUCUCCCCAUCCCUCCUCUCUUUCCUCCCCUCCCUCUCUUCCUGGCUGACCAGGUCACCUCUAGUGUGUAGUCAUCUGCUGGGGGACAAAUAAAUGAUAAUGGAUCUUUUCCUCCUCUUUCUGCCUCAUUUCCCUUUCCUUAUCUCCUCCUCUCCUUCUCUCCUCCUCUCCCUCUCUCCCUCUCUCCUUCUCCUCCUUUCUCCAUUCCUCUCUAUGCCUAUUUAUUUCCUUCUAGAUUGUUUGUGUUCCGUCUCUCUUUCCCCCUCUCUCUUUCCCCCUCUCCCGUUCCCUCUUCUUUCCCCAUCCCUCCAUCUCUCUCGCUCCAGUGUGUUUGGUUAGUUCAGUCUUGGCAGGGCCAGUCAUUCUAACUGGUUUCCCCUCCAGCUCUCUACCACAGAGCUGAUAGAGUUACUGUGACUUCAUGCACACGCAUGCCAGUGCAUUCCUGUGCUCUGAGUUGUGUGCUCUGUUUGUGUGUGUGUAUGUGUGUUGUUAGUGCUCUUAAAUGUUUUCACCUACAAAUAGGAUGUUGUCCACACUGCUCACACCACAGACACAGAGCGCAACAAUCUCGACAGACUAAAACAUUUUAAAACAAAAAUAAUCCCAACUCAGUCUUUUUACUGGGUGUGUCCUGUCCUUCAUAAAUUGGUAAUGACUUUCUAUGUGCUAACAACAACAUACCGGUAUGUUUUUCAGCAUCUCACACAGCUCCUGUGCUUUGUAUUGGUUAAAACCUCAUGACCUAGCUGUGAAACCCUGUAGCUGUAGAGCUAUCUGCCUGACAGGAAUGGAGCAGAAGAGAGUCUCCUUUGUCUGGGUUUCUUUCCCCAAUAAUGAGGGGUGUGUGUGUGUGUGUGUGUGUGUGUGUGUGUGUGUGCGUGCGUGUUUGUGUGUAAAAGAGCUUGUUGGAUUUGUUGCUCGUGGAUCAGGAUCAUGGCUAUAUAUAACGGAGAACUUCUGAAAUCCUCACCCCCUUUUCUACUAACCCUAUUUUGCUCCAUUCUGUGGUGUGUGUGUGUGUGUGUGUGUUUGUGUCUGUCGCAGAUUGAAAACAGCUGAAGCUCUCAGUGAGGUUCGUCAAAAAGAACUUACAAAACACACACACACAGUCCAAGUGGUAACUCCAGCUCUCUUUGUGUAGUCGAUUCCUUCCUGUUAAAUGCCUGGAAACUAGCAGCAGGCUAAAAAUAGACCACUGCUGCUAAGAAUAGCCUCUGUGGGAUGUGCGUAUGAGUGUAUGUGCGUAAGAGUUGUGUGUGUGUGUGUGUCUUGGCGGGCUGGCAGACAUGAGGAGGAAAAUAAAGGGGUCGUGUAACUUGGUCCAAAAAACUUUAGAUUUCACCUAAUUUUAACACUGUCAUAAAGAGCACAUAUCCAACUUCAUAAAAAAAACACGUUUUCCCAUCUCAAGAGUUUAAAUAAAAAAAUGACUACAGUAAGUACCUAUUAUGUGCCAAAUAAAGUAACAGGGUUGACUGUAACAGGGUUGACCAUUUCAUCUUAAAUAUUGUUUGUUGUGUGCAACAGGGAGGGGCAAUUGAAUGGAAGCUUCACAAUUUAAAAAAAUUAUCUUCAAACAUUUUUAGCCUGUCUAUCGUAAGAGGGUUGAAGUGUUAUGCGCGACCCGCUCAGUUUUCCAGAACCAGCUCACCUGCUUUUACACUAUGAUUUGACUAUUAGAUGUUAAAUGUUUCUUUAAGAAAAAAUAUUUUAAAAGUAGUUUCACCAUAUUAAAAUGAGAGUUCAGUUCACGUAACAGGGUUGACAUUAAACUGAGGGACAGAUGUAAAUGAAUCACUAAUCACGUGAAAUAAAUAAUAAUCUUCAGAAAGGACUUUGUCAAAGUACCAAAAAUAAUGAGGGCUUUACACGAUGGUGAAAACCAGUGCAGUCAAAAACGUGAUCUUCCUGUGUUUUAUAUAUAUUUCCACACUGUGGUUGGAAUAAUACAGUGAAAUUGUGAAAAUUAUGAUAAUGCCCUUUUGAUGCUGUUUGAAAAGACCGCCUGAAAUUUCAGCCUGUUUUGGUGGGAUUUAGUUGUGGCCUGGCUGGUGACAUCACCAGGCGGUAAAUUAGUUCAAAGGUCGUUAUCAGUAAAACGGCACAAUACGGUGCAGAGAAUUCGAUUUGUCUGCUGGGGGGCAAGGAGACCCCCAGCUCCGCUAAAACCACUGACAAAUAAGUUCUGUUUUCAAGGGAAAGUUAAAUAAAUGUUAUGAGUAUUUGGUUUUAAUAUCAUCACCUCUUUAACAUAAUUGUUCCAUGCAAAACUUAGCUAGAUCAUCAGAGUUAUACAGCCAUUAACUGCAUGCUUUUCAUGAUCAGUACACAUCAAUUGAUCAUGUAAUUUCAGAUACGUGAGGGUAGCCUAUCACUUUGGCAUGUAACUAGCUAGCUAGCUAAGCAAACAAAAUGUGUCAUUUAACUUUCUUCAUCAGAGAUUGGACUUUUGGAAAGCUCUUGACAUCGGCAAGUCCUCGUCCUGGUAAAGUUGUCAGUCAGACUUCUGUCAUCACCACUAUAGAUGGCAAGCAAAUCAAACAAUAUUUGCAUAUGGCCAUCUAGUUUAUCCACUGAAAGUUAGCUUGUUAACUAGCUAUUAUUGACGAGAUCUGUUAUUAGCUAGCCAAUUUGAGAGGUAUCAUCAGGCUACCCUCACAUAUCUGAAAUUACAUGAUCAAUUGAUGUUUACUGAUCAUGAAAAGCAUGCAGUUACUUGCUGUAUAACGUUGAUGAUCUAGCUAAGUUUUGCAUGGAACAAUCGGAAAUGUGUAGUUCUGACCAUGCUCUUCAAGAGGUGAUGAUGUUACAACCAAAUAGUUAACAUUUAUUUAACAAUCCCUUGAAAACAGCAUGCAGCAGGCAAAUAGACCAAUAAGAAAGAGAGUUCCAAACCUCUCUGUCACUAACAGCUAGUUUUCAGUUCCCCCCUCCCCACUCAGACCACUCCCAGAUAGCCCUAGCAAAAUUAUUGCUUGAUAAAUUGCUCUUUUGCUUUUUGAUCAUUUUAAUUUAAAAUAAGUAAGUUACUUAAUUGUUACCCAGAAAUGAUUUUAUGUUGAGAUAAAAACAGCUGCAUUGGACCUUUAAGUGGGUUCAAAUAUUCCUAGAAGUUACAGAGGGUGCAUGAAACAUAAAAAUGCUCAUAUUAAAAAUCUGAUUUAUUUAGUGAUUUCUGUGUGUGUGUGUGUGCGUGCUUGUGUGUGUGUGAGUGUGUGGUAGAAAUGUCCGCCUGUUGGGGUAAGAGAGGUGAGAUGUUGUGAGAGUUGCACGUCAUGUUCCCUGGCACACGAAGAGCUGCCUUGCACUCUGUGCCCUUGUAAUUAUGGCACAUGCCAUAAUUGAUAUGGAAGUGGUUAGGAGACCAGACCACCCAUAGGGGAGAAAGAACAACAGGGAGUUGAGGUGGAGGUGUAGACAGUUUAGGGUGGUUUGGAAUGGGAGAAUGGGGGUGUUCAGUGGUCUCUCUCUCUAUGAAUCUCUCUCUACUCUCUCAGAUCUAGUCGAUCUCUUACGUCUCCCUCUCUCUCCAGCUCUGAUCACUCUCUAAUCUCUCUCAUUCGUCCUCAUACGCGAAAUUAGAGCCAAUUCUCUCUGCAGUAUCUCUCCUCUCACUCUCAUCUCACGCUUCGUCUCUCUCUCUCCGCUCCUCUCUCGCGUUGACUUUAUAUCCUUCACUCCACCCCCCCCUCUCUCCUUCUCUUCUCUCUCCCUCUUUCUCUUCUCUCUCAGCUGUCUUCCCCUCUGAGCACCUAUAGUCAGCUGUCCACUCAACCACCUACUGCCUUCACCUCUCACCACGCACACAAACACAAAUACGCACCUCUCUCACCACACACACAUGCUGCUCUCAAGGUUACACAUUGCGGGCUGUGUAUGCCAGGGCUCUGUGUAGAGCCACAGUAUGGAGAGUCAUGUAUUCUGAAAUACAGAGUACGAGUUGUUCACUUUCUUACUUUUCACGUGUGUACUGUCAUUUCAUUAUUGUCUGGCUGAUAUGUUUUUCGUCAGUCAUGGACAUAGAUAGUGUGUGAUUGUGGGGUGGAGAGGCGAGAGAGGUGUGGGGGGAGAGAGUAACAGAAGGGAAGAGAGGGGUGGGGGUAGGGAGUGGGCAUGAGAGAGACAGAGAGAAGGGGUAGUGGGGGUGAGAGGGACGGGGAGUGUGGGGACUGGGGUCGAGGGGUGCUCUGGCUGCCACAGAGGCAAAAAAUAGCCAUCUACGGCCAUCCCUCAGGCGCAGAGCUGUGAUUGGCUGAAGCUGGGCUCGGCCACUCCCCCUCCCCGUGUUGGCCAGUGACAGGUGGGCAUGACUGGGCAAUACUGUGCUGGGCCUGCCACAGGUUGUGUGUUGCGUGUGUGUGUGUGUGUGUGUGUGUGUGUGUGUGUGUGUGUGUGUGUGUGUGUGUGUGUGUGUGUGUGUGUGUGUGUGAGAUAGCUGUAGUGGUCUAGUGAUAGGCCAGUGCUAGGCUGUAAAGUGCUGAGACACGACAAAGUUGAGACAAACUGCAUACAGUACAUAUACAUGAACACACACACAGACACACACACACACACACACUAGGGGAAAGCAUCACAGCUCCAUCGACAUUAUCAGCAGUGAUAAGAGAGGCCUACUCUUUCCACUCUACUCUCUCUCUCCCCCCUCUUUUCUCCUCUCAUCUCUCCAAAUCACUGCCUACCACCCUCUCACUCUAUUUCCUUAACAAACAAUUAUUAUUUUUUCUCUGUCACUUUGUCUACUCUCCCUCUCUUCUCCUCUCAUACUGUAUUUCAAUGAGAGUAUGUAUCUGUCAAGUGUUAUAGCGUCUCUUGGUGGUAGUCAAGGGGACUGCAACGCUUCAGGGAUCUAGAAUAACUGUUGUGAUUUAAUCACUGACAAUUAUUUUGUAACAGUAGCGUUAAUAGACUCUCAAGCAAUUUGCAGACUAUCAUUAACUUUUGUUUUCUCUCUCUCUCUCACUCUCACUCAGACUCUGCGAAAGAAGGGUCUAAAUGGCUUUGACAGUCCCGACAUCGAGGCAGACGACUCUGCUGGUCAGAGCCCUGAGUCAGAGGACAAAUACCGCAAGAUCAACGACGACAUCGACCUCAUGAUCAGCAGACAGAGACUCUGUGUAAGUACUAACUGGACUUGUGUGUGUGUGUGUGUGUGUUCAGUCUUACCACUUCUCCAUUUGCCUUGCUAACCCUGUCUUCUCUCUGUCUCUGUCCAGCAGGCUCUCCCCCCCUCUAACUAUGACAUGAUUGGCUCCAUCCAGGGCCAAAAUAACAGCGGACUACUCUACUCUCAACCUGGGGCGGGGGGGUCCUUAGGAAACCACAAUCUGCUGCCCCUCUCACACACACACACUGGCCUGCAGAGGAACAGCAUGUCGCCUGGACUCCAACACACACACCGACCCCUCAGCGCUGGAAAUGCAGGAGGGAUGAUGGGUUCAGAGCUGUCUAACACGGUCUCUAACGCUGGUGAGUUAACUAUCGCGAUGCACCUAAAUAUUUCACGGUGUGAUGUCUUGUGCAUUAACCGUGCUUUUCAUCAUGUUAUGAUUCCUAUUAAACCUAGGUAAAACAAGAAAAACUGACAGUAUUCUCCUCUGUCUGUCUCCUAGGUAAUGGUAGCUAUGGUAACCACCGCAACUCUCCGGGGCUUCUGUCUCCUGGAUGCGUGGCCAAAGGCAUGCAGGCCAAGACUCCACCCCUGAUGGCCUCCAUGACCCUGAGUGGUAACCGCAAGCCAGACCUCCGUACGCUGCUGCCCCCUGGCAACAAAAACAACGUGCCCUCCGUUGUGAGUAAUCUCCUCUUUCUCCAUCUCUAUCUCUCGUCCUCUCGCCUCUCAGACAGAUGUCAAACACUUACCUGACCCCUCUUGAACAGUUCUUCACACUGUACACUCAGACACUAAUAUGAGUUGUAUUGCUUUUCAAUGCUGCCAGUGCGAGGACUUUGACAUGAUGCUGGUGAGUAGUGUGACAUCACACUACUAGACAACAUGUGGAAAGUUACACAGAUUAUCUGUUUGUAUGUCUAGAAUGAAAUGGAGAUCCACAUACUUCUACCUAUAAGUGUGCUAAUGUUUGUUUAUUGUUUUUUUCCAGAACCAGAGAAUAAACCACUCCCAGUCAGCCCAGUCUUUGGCUACUCCUGUGGUCUCCAUAACAACACCUACUCUGCCCGGGCAGGGUAUAGGAGGGUACCCCUCUGCCCUCUCCACCUCCUAUGGCACAGGUAUGCACUCCUCCUCUCCUCUCUUCCUCCUCCCCUCCUCCUCCUCUCAAAAUCACUGCACCACAUUAGGAAUAGGAAGCCAUUUUCGAUUUGCCCAAGGUUUGUAACCUUUCUCCCCACUCCCCCUGUGUAGAGUACUCUCUGGGUGACCUGAGCUCUCUGUCAGGGUUUGGAGGGAACGGCUCUGGAUCACUUCACCUGGGAUCAGUAACAGGCUGGCAGCAACAACAGCUACAGAACAUGCAGCACUCAGCACUAGGACACAUGGGGUGAGGGUGUGUGUGUGUGUGUCGCUGUGUGUCUCUGUGUGUCUCUGUGUGUGUUUGUGUCUGUGUGUCUUUUUCUCGGUGUGUGCUUGUGUUUGUGUAUUUCUUCUCCCUCUUUCUAAUCACUAUCUCUCCUCUCCUCCAUCAGAAACCUUUGUCAGAACUCCAACCUCAACCUCCAGAAUGCCCAUCAGAACCUUCACAUCAAGUCAGAGCCCGCCUCCCCGCCCAGAGAUCGAGGCAUCGGAUUUGUCAGCGGAGGGAUGGGGGCCGUGUCCCAGGGCUACCCAACAAAUCUGGGCCCAGCAGAAGCAGGGCGGUCUCCUGGCAACAGCCUAUCCAGCUGUGGGAGCUCAUACGACGGCAGCGACCGCGAGGAUCACCGCGGAAAUGACAACUUCCUGCUGCGCCCGAUGUCCAAUCAGGAGGAGCGCCAUAGCCCGUCCGUCAAACGCAUGCGCCUAUCAGAAGGCUGGGCUACAUGAUAAGGCCCGCCCCUGAUUCACAGAGGGGGAGGGGCUUGUGUAGAGUUACCUUUAGUGUUACUAUGACUAUUAUUAAUCCAGUGUCCAAAAUGGUACCCUAUUUCCUACAUAGUGCUCUUGCCAAAAGUAGUGCACUUUAUAGGGAAUAUGGUGUGAUUUCAGAUUUGGCCUAUAUUCUUCUUGUGCAGAGUGAGAGUGUUCCACUAUAACAGGGACAUUAUAUACAGGAGUGUGGGGGGGGGGGUUAUAACAGUGACAUAGACUGUGUCUGAAAUGGCACCCUAUUUCCCAUGUAGUGCACUACCUUUGGCCAAAAGUAGUGCACUACAUGGGAAAUAGGGAGUUACUUGAGACAGCAGUGACAUACAGGAGUGAGGGUUGAUAUGGUGUGGGGGAGUCAGUGUUGGAGGGUGGGUGCAGCGUUGCUUGUGUUGUGUGUUUGUGAGGGAGGGAAUACCUAAAUUAAUAUGUACACUAUGUAAACUAACUAAGAAAGGUUGAAGAUGUCUGGUACUCUGUAUGGCCAAGCUACUGGUGAGUUCAGUAAUGUACUAGGAGACACAAGGACAGGCACUGAGGAGUGGACACGUCAUGGUGUGUUUGUGUGUGUGUACGUGUGUGUAUGUGUGUGUGUGUGUAUGAAUGAGUGUCUACAUGUGUGAAUGUGUGCACACUGGUGUGUGUGUGUGUGUGUGUGUGUACUAUGUACUACCUAGGCCUAGUCUGCAGAUGGCUGACUAGCAGACAGAUAGUGUGAGUGUUCACUACAACUCACGCAUGUUGCAGGUUCAACGUAUUAAUGUAUAUAACGAGGGAGGAUAGGUAGAGAAAGAGAGAGAACGAGAAAGGGACAGACUGAUAGAGGAAGGAAGAAAGAGAGAGAUGGAGGGAAGGAGAAAUGGAUAAACAGGGGGGAGAGAAAGAUGGAAAGAAAAGAGAAAGAAAGGAAGAGAGCGAUAGAGGGAGAAAGAGACAGAGAAAGAGGACAGUGAUUGGGGGAGAAAGAGACAGAGAAAGAGGACAGUGAUAGGGGGAGAAAGAGACAGAGAAAGAGGACAGUGAUGGGGGAGAGAAGAAGGAAGAGGACAGUGAUAGGGGGAGAGAAGAAGGAAGAGGACAGUGAUAGGGGGAGAGAAGAAGGAAGAGUGGGAGAAAGACAUUAUGCAAAAGGUUGCACAGAGCUGGAAAAAUAGAAUAAGAAGUCAUUCUAAUAUUCCAAUUCUACGGCUGGAACCCUGGACAACUAUAAUAUCUCACUUGAUGUGAAGAACCUUAGGAAUCGUAGUUCAAUUCAGUCAAAAUAAUUUUUAAGAGCCAUAUGCUAACAAAUAUAAUCUGAGUCGUAUACACUACAGUGUUACUCAUCCAGAUGUACAAUACAGUUUGUGUUAUGUAAGAAAUGCUUUGUUUAGUCGAUUGAGCCAGUGUGUGUGUGUGGUGUGUGUGUGUGUGUGUGUGUGUGUGUGUGUGUGUGUGUGUGAGAGUGAGUGAGUGAAAGAGUGAGUGAGUGAGUGAGUGAGUGAGUGAGUGAGUGAGUGAGUGAGUGAGUGAGUGAGUGAGUGAGUGAGUGUGUGAGUGAGUGUGUGAGUGAGUGAUAGCCUAGCCUGUUUUAGCAUGCAGAGAGGCAAAGCCACGGGGAGGAAGGGGUGUGAGUUUAGACAAACAAAACUCCUAA